AUGCGAACCUCGCCGGACAAAGCAGAGGCCAUUAGAAAAAUAGAGCUCAUGUUCGAAAACAUCACUGACACCUUGCUCUCUGACAAGGGUAAGGUCACGAUCGCGUUGAGGUCGCGAGCAGUGCCGCCAGGAUCAGGCUCUGACCACGGGCAUGCUUUCACGACGAAUGAUUCCAAGGAUCGAGCUCGUGAGAUCUGUUUUCCGGGGAGCACGCCACAGGAGGCUUGGAGAUUCACUGUGCUUGUGCGCAUCCUGGAACUUGUGCACGAAGCACUGUCGGCGGAUGUCGUUAUCACUAAGAGAGAUAUCUACUACAGACACCCGGCCUUAUUCGCCAAGCAAGCAGUCGUCGACCGGUAUGUCGAUGACAUCGCUUGCACUUUCGGCGUGUCGAGGCUAGCUCUUAAUGUAGCUGCUGCAGCGAAGGGGCUCGUUGUCGGAUGUUUCAUCUGCCGUCGCGGGGAUGGGACCGGUCUCCUCAUUCCCAGCAUCAACUCAACUGACAAGUUCCGGCUGAGCCAUGUCUCGUGGAUCCUUGUGGUUGAGAAAGAAGCAACUUUCCGAUCACUCACUUCGUCCAACUUCCGGAAGACACUAUGCUCCUCUGGCAUCAUGAUUACUGCCAAGGGCUAUCCGGACAUCGCAACGCGGGCUUUCCUUCGCGCCAUCAGCACGUCUUUGCCUCAGAAUGGGUUUCGUUGCCCUCCGGUGUAUGCGCUGAUGGACUACGAUCCAGACGGCAUUGCCAUCAUGUCUACAUAUAAGCAUGGUUCCGUCGCCCUUGCGCACGACAAUGCCAAGCUCGUUGUGCCGCAGAUACGAUGGCUGGGCAUACAAAGCUCUGCUCUUGCUACCUCCGCCGCAGGCCUUACCGAAAGCAGCGACCAUGGCAACGAAGAUGCAAAUGGCGAAAGUAACGUGCAUCAGGUGCAGGGUCUUCUGCGGCUGACAACGCGCGACCGGCGGAAAGCACUCAAGAUGCUCGAUUGGGAUGUCUUUGAUGAGAACGGAUCAGAGCCUCAAUGGAGAAGGGAAGUCCAGGUCAUGUUGAUGCUAAAUGUCAAGGCGGAGAUCCAGAUCAUGGAAGCUCAGAUGGGCGGGCUGGCAGGAUGGUUGCAGGCAGAACUGAAAGGCCUGUAG